AUGAAAGAUAAGACACAAGGCAUCUUACUUAUAAUUGCAGGUACUAUUAUGCACCUAUACCUCGGCUGCUUCUUCCUAUGGGGUAAUAUAGCUGUGUACGUUACCUCGUAUCUACAUAAGCACAAUGAGAGCAUCACAUUGGAUGAUACUAGUGUAAUUUUCCCUGUACAAAUGGUUGCAUCUGCACUGUUUACACCGAUCGCACCAUUUGCAAUGAAGAAGUUGCCUCCGUGGCUCUGAUGUAUCCUUGGAGCAGUAAUAGCGAUCGGAAGUUGCUUCGUGUCCUCCUUCACAAGUAGUUUGAUACUUUUCACUAUCCUUUAUGGAUUCUGAUUCGGACUAGGUAUCGGGCCUGCAUAUAUGUGUCCGAUAAUAGCAGGAUGGGAGUAUUUCCCUAAUAGAAAGGGCAUGGUCAAUGGAAUAAUUGUGGCAGGAUUCGGAUUUGGCUCUUUCAUAUUUUCCUUCAUCUCAGUAGCCAUUGUCAAUCCUGGAAAUGAAGCUCCGACCUUAGAGGUAACUGGAGGGAAGAUCUUUUCUGGAGAUAAUCCGAUAUCUGAAAGAGCACCUUUGAUGAUAAGAGUGAACGCACUACUUUGGGCAGUUUUAUGCAUAAUCAGUAUUCCAUUCAUUCGAAGAAAGAAGCAACGUAAGAUCACUGUUCAGGAUGUUGAGAGUAAGCGUAAGUUGCUUAUCAACACAAUCGAGUCUAGUGAGAACGGAGACGCACUUUCAGCUCCUUCAAUGGAGAAAGUAUCUGUUGAGGCUAUCUAUAAAACCAGGUUGAGAGAAGCAUUAAUUAGCUGGAAGUCAUUACACAUUUGAAUGAUUAUGUUUGCUUCCUCAUUGUAUCCUUACUACUUGGCUUCAAAUUUCAAGUCGUUUGGAAUGCAGGAGAUUGAUAAUGACCACUUUAUUACCAUUGUAGGUGCUAUUGGAGCAAUAUCUAAUGGAGCAUCUCGUCUUGGAUGGGCAGUCUUAAGCGACUAUUUUGGAUUCAAAUAAAGUCUAUCUUUGAUUAGUGAUUCUUCAAAUAAUUAAUGCUUUCACUUUAACACAAGUGGCAUGCUACUCUAUGUUGUACCUCGUUUGGAUCGCUGUAGCUUUUGCCUGUCUAGGAGGCCAUUUCGCUCUAUUCGCUCCAUUAUCAGCCAAAGUGUUUGGAGGAAGCAUUGGAAGCACUGUAUAUACUUUUCUCUUUGCUUCAUUUGCUGUCUCAUCUAUAGUAACGUUCAUUCUCACAAAACAGACAGGGUCAGGAAACAUUUCACGUGAUAUACUAUUUUACAUCUUGGGUGGCUCUUCAGUGGUGGCUUUUCUACUUGCCCUACUAUUCAGUGAGACCCUAUUCAUUCCUUCUAAGGUUAAAAUGAUCAGCAAAUCCCAAAACCACAGCUCUCGAUGCUAGAAGAUUUUGAUGAGUAAAU